AUGACGCAAUGUAUCGAUAUCAUCUACAAGUUCGCUCCAUUAGAGCAUAUACGCGACAAACGCUUCCUCUAUUCCACCAACCUUCUCACUCUGCAGAAAUGCUGGCAUCCAACUAUUGCGAAUAAUUCAUUGACAAAUCGCAGAGGGAAAACGACUGUUGCCGGUCUUGCUAGUCGUGGGGCAAGGGUCUACAUGGGUGCAAGGAGCGCAGAGAAAGCUGAGGAUGCCAUUGCCGAUAUUAAACGAGAACUUGGGAAUCCACGGGUUGAUAUCAAUUUCUUGAAACUCGGCCUUACUGAUUUUCGCAAAGAGACAACUCUACAUGGACUUAUCAAUAACGCCGGUAUCAUGGGCGUCCCAUUCUCGCUGACAAAAGAUGGAUACGAAGUUCAGGUUCAGACGAAUUACCUCUCCCACUGGCUCUUCACCUAUCAUCUACUCCCUCUUUUAGAGACGACAGCCUUACCGGAACCAGGAGCAGCGCGUAUUGUGAACGUCACAUCGGAUGGCCACGAGAGAUUCACUCUGAAGGAAGGAAUCCGGCUCGACGAUCCAAACUUGGAAUCCGAGUCAGCAAUGGCCAGAUAA